AUGUCUCUAGCAAAAAUAUUUUCUGUAACAACACGGGUUCGUACCCAUGGAGCAAAUGGGAUAUUAUCCCGUUUUGCCCAAUACAGCUCAUCAAAUCAAGAGGGUAAUGUAGAAAAGAUUUAUCCACCUAAUGUGCCCGGAUAUAAGUAUGUCAAUGCUGAAGAACUAGACAUGUCUUUUAAAGAAAUGUCAAACAGGGCCGCUCAAACCUUGUUUUGGACUGAAUUGGCACGUGGUUUUGCUGUUACCCUAGCUCACAUUUUUAAGGAGCCAGCAACAAUUAACUAUCCAUUUGAGAAAGGACCUUUAUCACCUAGAUUCAGAGGGGAACAUGCUUUACGUAGGUAUCCAUCUGGAGAAGAAAGAUGCAUUGCUUGUAAACUUUGUGAAGCCAUUUGUCCUGCUCAGGCUAUCACCAUAGAGGCUGAGGAACGUAAGGAUGGUUCACGACGAACUACUCGUUACGAUAUUGACAUGACCAAGUGCAUCUAUUGUGGUUUCUGUCAGGAAGCAUGCCCAGUUGAUGCUAUAGUUGAAGGUCCCAAUUUUGAGUACUCUACUGAAACUCAUGAAGAACUCCUCUACAAUAAAGAGAAACUGUUGUUAAACGGCGAUAAAUGGGAAAGUGAGAUAGCAACAAACAUAAAAGCAGAUCAUUUGUACCGU